GUCAGUGUAGAAUUUCGUUCGCAGUGCAGGUGGGAGCUCGCAGGGGACCAGUGUCUGUCUGGUGUCGGAGGAACUAGGUUCGCAGAAACAUGAAGAGCUCCGCAGAAAACGGCAUUAAUAGUGCGGACGACGUCCACGUGAUGAGGGUCAAAAGACUGGACGAAGAUGAAACAAUUGGAAAGAAACAGGAUCCUUUGGAUGUCCAAUUCACAGAUAAGCCCAAAGAAAAGGGCCCAGAGCCACCUCCACCAGUGGGUUUCUUUAAACUGUUCCGCUUCUCGACUGCAUUUGAGCGUCUCCUGAUGCUGGUCGCCGUGCUGUCGACGGUGGUGUCGGCGGCGUGCCAGCCGCUCAACACGCUCUUCUUUGGCACCCUGACGGGCGUCAUGGUGGAGUACGCGGCGCAGAUGAACGAGGUGGUGGCGAACGCGCUCGGCGACUACGUCCAGGGCCGCUGCGCCCCGGAAGACACCGUCAAUGACGUCGUGCUGCGCGCAAUGUUCGACCCCAACGAGGUCAUCGCCAGCGGCCAGACCCGGCAAAGUGCGAGCGUGGAGUUCCUCGACGGCAUUCGGCAGUACUCGGUGCGCGUCGCCAGUCUCGGUGGCAUCAUGUUCGUCGCCACCUACAUCUCCAUCACGCUCUUCAACUACGUCGCCACCAGACAGAUUUACCGAAUCCGUGACAUCUACCUGAAGUCAGUGCUACAGCAAGACAUCGGUUGGUACGAUAUGCACCAGUCUGGAGAUUUCGCCAGUCGAAUGGCUGAGGACCUGCUGAAACUGGAGGAGGGCAUGGGCGAGAAGGUGGCCAUGUUCCUGCACCUGCUGCUGGGGUUCGUGGGCAGCCUGGUGCUCGCGUUAGUCAAGGGCUGGGAGCUGGCACUCAUAUGCCUCAUCUCGCUACCCAUCACCAUGAUCGCCAUGGUCACCAUCAACAUCAUCUCGUCCCGCCUGGCGCGCCGCGAGCUCGAAGAAUACGCCAAGGCCGGCUCCAUCGCCUCCGAGGUGCUGGGCGCCGUGCGUACCGUCAUAGCGUUCUCCGGGCAGGCCACUGAGGCGGAAAGGUACGAAAAGAACCUCGUGUCCGCAAAGAACAUAAACAUAAAGCGCAGCUUCUUCACGGCCCUGGGCUUCGGCGUGCUCUGGUUCUGCAUCUACUCCAGUUAUGCGCUGGCCUUCUACUAUGGAGUGGGGCUGGUCAUCAAGGAAAUCGGCUGGAACUACGAGGACAAGGUGUACACCCCGGCCACGAUGAUCACGGUUUUCUUCUCCGUUAUGAUGGGUUCCAUGAUGUUCGGUAUGGCUUCGCCGUACAUCGAGGCUUUCUCCAUCGCAAAAGGUGCAGCUGCCAAGGUGUACAGCGUGGUGGACCGGGUGUCUCCAAUCAACAGCAUGUCUGAGGAGGGCCACAGGCUCAAGGAAGUCAAUGGCAACGUGAGCUUCAAGAACGUUCACUUCGAAUAUCCGUCUCGAAAAGGCGUCAAGAUUCUGCGUGGACUCAACUUGACCAUCAACCGUGGGGAGACAGUGGCCUUGGUCGGCGGGUCCGGCUGCGGGAAGUCGACGUGCAUUCAGCUGGUCCAGAGGUUCUACGACCCCCUGCAAGGCUCGGUGGAGCUUGAUGGCCACGAUAUCCGGAAGCUGAAUGUUGGCUGGCUACGGUCGCAGAUUGGCGUGGUGGGACAGGAGCCGGUACUCUUCCAGACCACCAUUGCAGAGAACAUACGCUACGGACGAGACGGUUCAACCAUGGAGGAAAUAAUAGAGGCAGCCAAAAUGGCCAACGCACAUGACUUCAUUUCCAAGCUCCCGCAGGGCUACGACACGCUGGUGGGCGAGCGCGGAGCCCAGCUGUCGGGUGGCCAGAAGCAGCGCAUCGCCAUCGCCAGGGCGCUGGUGCGCCGCCCUAAGAUCCUGCUGCUGGACGAGGCCACCUCUGCUCUGGACACCGGCAGCGAGGCCAAGGUGCAGGCCGCGCUAGACAAGGCCAGCGUCGGACGCACGACCAUCAUCGUGGCUCACCGACUGUCAACCAUCCGUAACGCUGACAGGAUCGUGGUGAUCAGCGGAGGCUCCGUCGUCGAGGAGGGUCCGCACGACGCGCUCAUGGCACUGCAGGGCCACUACCACAACCUCGUCACCACACAGGUCACCGACUCUGAAGACACUUCUAAAUCUCCAACUGAAUCUGCAGACGCGAGCCGCGUGAGGCCGGAACGCCUACUGAGUGUGCGCAGUGACGCGUCGUCGGCUGCGGGAGAGGAGGAGGCGGAGGAGCAGGAGAUGAACCCCGCGCUGCGCGCCGCCGCCGAGAAGUACGCCGAGCAGCAGCCGAAGCCGGUGGGCGUGCUCGAGGUGCUGCGCCUCAACAGCCCCGAGUGGCCGCAGCUCGCCAUCGGCACCGUCUUCUCCAUCGUCGCCGGCUGCGCCAUGCCCGUCUUCGCAGUCCUCUUCGGUGACGUCAUCGGGACACUCAGCUUGCAAGACGGAGAUCAAAUGCGGAAAGAUACGAACCGCUACUGUGUGCUCUUCGUUAUUGUUGGCGUCGUCAUAGGAUGCAGCUACUUCUUGCAGAUUUUCAUGUACGGCAUAGCUGGAGAGAAGCUGACGAUGCGCGUCCGAAGUCUCAUGUUCUCGGCGAUGCUGCGCCAGGAGGUGGCCUGGUUCGACGACAAGAACAACAGCACGGGAGCGCUCUGUGCCCGUCUGUCCGGGGACGCCGCCAGCGUUCAGGGGGCGACGGGCCAGCGGAUCGGCUCGAUCGUGCAGUCGCUGGCGACGCUGGUGCUGGCGGUGGGUCUGGCCGUGUACUACGAGUGGCGCCUGGGGCUGGUGGCCGUCUCCUUCACGCCGUUCAUGCUGGCCGCGCAGGUCAUGCAGCGCAAGCUGGUGCGAGGGGAGACGCUGGGCCAGGCCGACGCCAUGGAGAAGGCCAUCAAGCUGGCAGUCGAGGCGGUGGGUAACAUCCGCACGGUGGCGGGCCUAUGCAAGGAGCGCUACUUCCACCAGCAGUACAUGCUGGAGCUGCGGCCCAGCUACCGGCUGGCGCGGCGCAACGUGCACGUCCGGGGAGUCGUCUUCGGGCUGUCUCGCAGCAUCGGCUUCUUCGCCUACUCCGCCUGCAUGUUCUACGGAGGCUCGCUCGUCGAGGCAGAGGGCUUGCCUUACAAGGACGUCUUCAAAGUGUCGCAGUCGCUCAUCAUGGGCACGACGGUCGUGGCCAACGCACUGUCCUUUGCGCCCAACUUGCAGAAGGGCAUCGACGCAGCUGCCAACGUGUUCCACCUCCUGAGGCGGGAACCCCGCAUCACGGAUCCAGCAAAUCCCUCCAAGGAAAUGCGCGAGACACGUGGAGAGGUGCAGUACGAGUCGGUGGAGUUCGCGUAUCCCACACGGCUCACCACAAUGGUGCUACGUGGGCUCAGAAUGGAGGUACGGCCCGGUCAGACGGUGGCUCUGGUGGGCCCCUCUGGCUGCGGCAAGUCCACCUGCAUACAGCUGCUCGAGAGGUUCUACGACCCCAUAUCUGGCAUUGUGUCCAUGGACGGAAGAGACGUGUCUUCGAUCCUGAUGUCGGAGCUACGUGCUCCGCUCGGCAUCGUGUCUCAGGAGCCGGUUCUUUUCGACAGGACGGUCGCAGAGAAUAUCGCGUACGGAGACAACACCAGAACAGUGCCCAUGGCGGAGAUCAUUGAGGCUGCCAAGAAGUCCAACAUCCACAACUUCAUCGCCUCGCUACCUCAGGGCUACGACACGCGCAUGGGUGAGAAGGGCACGCAGCUGUCUGGAGGGCAGAAGCAGCGCGUGGCCAUCGCGAGGGCGCUCGUCCGGAACCCCAAGAUACUGCUGCUCGACGAGGCCACAUCUGCACUCGACGCCGAGAGUGAAAAGGUGGUACAGGAGGCCCUCGACAAGGCGAAAGAGGGACGCACGUGCAUCACCAUCGCGCACCGACUGUCAACAAUCCAGGACGCGGACGUCAUCUGCGUCAUCAACGAAGGUCGCGUCGCUGAGCUGGGGAAACACACAGAGCUGCUGGAGCGACGGGGCAUCUACCACAAGCUGCACAGCCUGCAGUCUGGCCGCCGGUAGCCGGCACUUCUUGCCUACUUGUCUACUGUUUCUGGCGAGGAAAGGGUGCACCGGCACUCGACGGGUGCAAAAAGGCAGCUGCAAGAAACAUUACGUUCAAUACUGUAUUUUCAUUUAGUCGUUGUCAUUAGAGCCAACACAAUUUUUAUGUUGUUUCUUUUCGAAUUCCAGUCGUUAAAAUUUUUUUUAGCACUGAUGUGGUGUAAGUUCCAUGCUAUAUGUUAAGAACGGUAUUGAACACUGAUCCUCUAUUAUCUUUUCUUAUCAUUAGCCUUCUUACCCCUAUUUAUUUUAUACAUACACUUUUUCUUUCGCAUUUACUUCCUCCAGGUCAGGGAUGCUCAACGUUUUUUACUUACCACCAACUUUUGUAUCAUUGUUAGUACUAAAAUUUUCGAACCUACCUUCGUUUCCUCAGUAAACGCGAUGUAUAAAGUACAGAAGUUACGUACUUUACAAAAUAUGUAAACUAGAGUUACAGGAAAUCAGAGCAUAUAAUAAUAGUUACCUACCAGACAUUCUGCGUCAAAAUUUUAUAAAACCGCUACGCCUAACGCCCUUCAUGAAAGCUGAAACCCCCUCUGGUGAGAGGUAGGGACCAAGGUGACUAUCAUUGCUCUAGGUAUUCUUUGAAAAAUUUAAUUUCUUACUUCGUUUCAGAAUUUUUUUUCCAAGAUCACCGUCUUUCUCUUUGUCAAAGUUGAGUAUUAAAUGUUCGAAGUGCACCGAUAGCUAAAGAAAGCAUUUUAUUUUGACAGGAAGAUGAGCGUUUGCCGGCUUGUCGACAACGUGGCCAUUAAAAGCGGAACAAGUUCUCAACAGAUGAAAGACAGCGGAAAAAGUCUUUCUUCAUCACCCGCUUGUAGGAAACAUCAGUGUCUCAUUUUACGCGCUACAUUCCAAAUUAAGCCUACUGCACAAGUGAUACGUAUGAAUAAUGCUUAUAUUUUCUUUAGAAGUGUACUGAUAACCUUCCAGUUAUAUUAUCAUCUCAGUUUUCGUUGUAUUUCGGCCGUGUUUUCCCCUUACAAUCAAGGGAGUUAGCAUAAAGUUUUAUCUAAGUUUACUCAAACACUUCAAGCAGAUUUUAGAAAUAAAAACCGAGUUUGAAACUAUAGUUCCUAGUAAAUAAGCUGUAUGAAAAUGAUCUGCAGUUAUUUAAGGCAACUUGCUAUUCCAUGGGUACUGAACAUUGUGAACUUUUUAAGUAUAUAUUCUGGGAAGGGAUCAAGACGUCCGAGAAGCAAGGGCAGCCAAAAACACUCAGUGUAACCACUGACUAUCAAUCGCUGUGUUUCUUCCACUAAUCACGCACAGAUUUUGAGUUUUAUUAAAUUAACAAAUUUUUUAUUCAUUAUUUUACAUGGAUUCCAGCAGUAGUUAAUUAUGUGUUUCUUUGUUGGCAAUUGUGCUGUAUUCUCUCACUUCUAAGUAUAAUCUACAUGACAGUAAGUGCUCGAAAAACCACAAAUGUAAUAUGAGUUAUAAAUAAUAUUGUCUGUGACUGUGUGUACAGUGUGAAUAUAUUUGAUUGUAUUUAUUUUCUUAGUUGGAGCAGUUAUUAAAAUGUAUUUUGUAAUA